UAGUAGUAUCAUGAUAUCAGAGAUACAGUUGGGAGUGCACUUUAUAGUCCUUAAUUUCCUGGUCAACAAGUUACCCAAAAGAAAGGUCAGCCAGUUUGCUAAGGAGCUCACAGAAUGCCUCAAGCUUAAGUUCAAGGGACAUUGGUAUCCUAAACAUCCAGAUCGAGGGACCGCCUUCAGGUGUCUGGAGAUUAGAGACGCUGUGUUCGACCCGGUAAUAGUACAAGCAGCCAGGGUGUCAGGAAUCAGCCUGGAGGAGAUAAAAGCUCAGCUGCCAGACUCUUUCUUCCUCUGGAUGGACCCCUAUGAGGUGUGUUAUAGAAUAGGAGAUCAAGGCUCCCUCUCCGUCCUGAAGAGGUUCAGCCCUGAAGCUUAUCAGUACGACCAGCAGCAAGCUGUCUCCACUGAUGACAUCCGACUUCCUAUGCAGUCCUGGGAGAAGAUCCAGCAGCAGAAGAGGCGGAACCUGCAGUCCGUGAUCCAUCACCGCCGCUCCAACUACAGCGAGUGCAGCAGUGACAGCGACGACCGGUCCCGCUCCCCUGACCUGCAGGAUCUGGUUAACGCCCAGCCCUUCAUCCCCCGGAGUGUUGCCUCUCCGGUCCCGCAACCCCCUCAUCCCUACCACAUGAUGCCCCACAACCCCCAACAAUUCAUCCCAGUUAGUUGGGCGACCCAUCCAGUGCAUCCAGAGUUGGUGGCCGUUCAAUAACCCCCGUUCAGUUUCACAGCUAGGGCCUGUAUGACCCGGCUUCAGACAGAGACAGUGGAUACGUGGACAGCUUCCCUGGGACGGACUCUAACCAGAGACCACCCUCCCACCCGCGGGGGAACCCUCGUAAGCAGGGGACCUCACGGGAACCUUUCUGUUUAUUUAUUGGAUGUUUAAAGGGGUGUGUACCCCGACUUGAGCGAAAACUUAAAUUUUGGUUUUUAUUAUACUUCGGUUUUAUUAAUUUCGAUGGAAUAAUUUGAGUUGUGGACCAGAGUAUUGUCAAUCAGUAUUUUAAAUAAAACAGUAACAAUUUUUUAUAUUUUAAUACAUAACCCCAAUUUUCUGUCCUCCCUAACCUCCUUAUCUGAUCUCUGUAUCGUUUAAAUUGGCAGAGAUCAGUCUACACCCAUAUCAACGUUAUCUUCAUUUGAUAACAAUUACCCACUGAAUACAAUUCCAAGCCUUAAAUCUCCCUUAAGAGCCUCUUCCCCUGGACAGAAAAUUGGGGCCAGAAGUUUUCACUUAUUGACCGAUAUAUUGUUAUGGUGGUGCACAUGAGCCCGGCUCGAACAACUGCUGCCCGGGCCAGAUUAUUACCGUAGAACCAUGUUUAAUGUUUUAACACCAAGUCUUACAUCCACAUGACCAUUGACCACACUUGUGUUGUCCUGACAACUCGGAACUGUUGUCAUGGCGACGCGCUUGAGCUGCGUGUUUCUACGAUCCUCAUGUCAAGGGGAUCGUAAGAUUAUGUAUAUUAAUGUUUAAUGUUCGGUGCAUCCCUCUGUGGGACCCCCCACAGUUUCCCUUUUUGUUUGUUGUUGUUGCCCUGGGACCUGUGAAGGGAUGUGCCGUACAGACCGUUACUGGGUCGCGAGCCCUGUCAACUUAUCUAGAUCUGGGUACGAGUUGGAGUCCGGCGGUUAACCUGCUGCUCCUACAUCAAAUUUUUUAUUGAUUUGUAUAUGAUAAGGUGGUACCAAUCUCCUGUAUAUGUUUAUUUUAGCCUACUCUGGUGUUGUUUUUAGAGCGUUUGUCAUAGUCUUUUGUUUUGUCAAGGGUUCGAGAAUAUGGCAAUUAAAUUGUUGUGUAAAUAAUUUCAUUUUAUUGUAUUAUUUAUUAAACUUUAUUAACGUCCGGGCAUUACCUAAGAUCUGGUGAAUAUAGAACUAUACAAGGCUACCAUCUCCCCCCCCCCCCCCCCCCCACCCACCUAAUAGCAAUUAUACAAGGCUACCAUCUCCCGACUCCCUCCCACCUAAUAGCAAUUUGUACUCUUAAGUGAGUACACUUAGUACACUUCCCCCUGAGUUAAAUAAUAGUGCAAUGUUCUUAAAGGCUAAUUUAUUGGUUAGAACGGCCUGGUGACGUGCAGGACACGUGUCAGGUCCUACUUUAACUAGCUUCUUGGAUAGUUCACCCACCAGAUAAUAUAUAGCAACCAUCUUUAAAUGUUUCCUAAAUUUCUAGUUUUGGUAACGUUGUUGUUGUUCUGUAAUUCACUGCUGCCUCGUUAACACAACUUUUUACAACGUGACGAUUCCAACAUUCAGAGAUUAUAAGAGCUUGCAAUUCAUGUGAAUAUUUGACCUAAAAUUAAUGUGGGCAUUUGAUUGAUAAUAUUUGACAGAUUGAUGUGAUUCGUCAAAUUUCUCAUAUCCUGCAAGCUAAUGUGACUUGAUGUAUGUCGUGUUUUUAUUCGUUUGAUAUUGAUGUUUACAUGUUUCCAUGGCAACUGAUUGAAAGUUGUCCAUGGGAUCAUUGCUUGAUGUAUGUAAUAAUGAGCAGUCUCCUAAACAAAUUUCCCAGAACUCCCUUCAAAAUAUUAACAAAUAAAACUCGUUGUAGAGGAGCAAGCUCUAAGCAAUACAUACAUCAGAUUGGUAUCACUGUCAUAUGGUUUACAUUUACUAAUGAUGACCGAAAUCUCAGUUUUUUGUUUCGUAUUAUAUUUUUGCAUGGUUUAUUAUGGAGUAUUGUAUUUUGGCGCGUACCCACGUUCUAGAUAGGUUGAUAUAAGUUUUGCGGUGGCUGAUGAGCGAAAUGUUCUCGCUACUUUUGGUGGCUUCAAACUGAAAUGCAGACUAGUGUUCUGUCACUGCCCCUCCCCAUUAUCUUUAGCUACAUGUCAGAAUCGUACAAGUUUACAUUCUGAACGCUUUUCAAACGUUUGUAGUGUAUGUAUCUUUCUGACAUGUGGGCUUUAAAUUGGCAGUUCAUUAUUUCAGAAGUUUGGAGCUUCGAAAAUUAGUGAGAGUAGGCAGCUCAAGCUUUCAUUUUUGUAUAGUGUGUGUAAUGCACUCUAGACUUCAAUAAACUAAUUUGAUGCAUUCAA